AAACCGAAACCGAAAGUCAGCGAGUCCUGGGAAGUUCAAGCGGACUCAUCAGUUUAGUAAUCUCUAAUCUAGUUUUAACAAACAUGAGCAUUGAUCAGGACGCCGAGACGCGUCAUAUUCUGGACUGUUUCAGAGACAGACUGAAGCAGAUCAUCCAGGUCGAGCCGCUUCUGGAUCAGCUGCACUUCCUCGGACAGGAUCGAAAGGACAAAAUAAGGGCCAAGUUACGGGCGGACGGGGACAUAAGCGCCGCAGCACUCCUGAUCGACGAAAUCCUCCAAACACAACACGACAAGGGAUGGCCGAGAGAGCUGGUCACCGCGCUGGAGACCGCUGGAUGCACACACGCGGUGAACUACGUGCGGAACAGCCCGCCGGAGCCGACAGAAGAGGCCGAGAACGACAGCUGUGUCCGCCUGAUCGAUCUCAUGCAGCUGACCCUGGUCAACAUGAAGACCACAGACGUGUGCGCGCAAUGCUGGUCACUGGGGCUCCUGACGCCCGAGGACAAGGAGAACAUUAUGAAAGCCACUGAGAAUCAUGGGAACAUAAACGGCGCUCGAGUGCUCCUCAAAAGGCUGGUGAAAAAUGAAGCGGGCUGGUUCUCCAAGUUCCUUCAGGCUCUGGAGGAGACGGAGCACCGGGAGCUGGUGCGCGAGCUGCGGGGAGAGCCGUGCAACGAGGACGAGUCCAUGUCAGUCGAGAUCAGAACUGUUGAGGAGGGCGAACAGACGUGUUUGGCUCUCGCGAAAGAGACGGACCCGGUCCUGAACGGCUCCAUGCCCGUUGUCUCUGCGAAUAGCUCUCUUUUGUCGGAGGACCUGGACAGCAGUGUGGACGGCAGCGUUCUGGGGGCGUCUGCCGAAAAUGAAGAUGUAGACAUGUACAAUGGCCAGGAGGAAGAGGAAGGGGAUCCCACAGAGGAUGAUGAUCCGUCAGCGAGGACAAUUGAACUGCGAGACUAUCAGAUGGAGGUGGCGAGACCAGCUCUGGAGGAAAAGAACAUCAUCAUCUGCCUCCCAACAGGAAGUGGUAAAACCAGGGUCGCUGUGUAUAUCACUAAAGAACAUUUGGAGAGGAAGAAGCAGAUGGGACAACCGGGGAAAGUCGUCGUUCUGGUCAACAAGGUUCCUCUGGUCGAGCAGCACUACAAGGCCGAGUUCGGGCGGUUUCUGAAGCACCAAUACUCAGUCGAGCGAGUCAGCGGAGCCUCGCAGCUCAAAAUCUCCUUCCCACAAAUCAUUGAGCAAAAUGAUAUCAUCAUCUGCACAGCACAGAUCCUGGAAAACUCUUUAGCCAAAGCCAAGACCGGUGACGAGGACGGGAUCAAAUUAUCACAGUUCACCCUGAUGGUUAUUGAUGAAUGCCACCACACGAAGAAGGGUUAUGCGUACAACCACAUCAUGAUUCGCUACCUGAAGCAGAAACACAAGAACCAGCUCCUGAAGAAGCAGGGCAAGAGUCCGGCGGCGAUCCCUCAGAUUCUGGGUCUGACGGCGUCACCUGGUGUGGGCGGAGCCAUGAACCAGCAGAUGGCAGAGCAACACAUCCUCCAGAUCUGUGCAAACUUGGACGCCUUCACAAUAAAAACAAAGACUUUGGGAGAAGAGGAGGCCAAAACGCCGUACAAAAGGAUUGCAAGAGCAGAAGAGCGGAAGACGGACCCGUUUGGAGACGUGAUCAAGAAGAUAAUGGAUGAAAUCCACACACACGCAGAUCUUCUGCCCUCCUGUGAGCCCGGGACACAGAACUACGAGCAGUGGGUGGUGCAGAAAGAGCAGAAUGCUGCUAAGGAAGAGAAUCAGAAGGUGCGAGUGUGUGCUGAACAUCUCCGGCAUUACAACGAGGCUCUUAAUCAGAGCCACAUCAUACGCAUGUCCGACGCCUUCCGCUACCUCGACAAAUAUCACAACGAAGAGCUGAAGACUAAAUCCAGCCCUGAUGACGAAGGCACUGUUACAAUCACGGACACAGAACGGUUCCUCUUCACUUUGUUCAAAGAUAAAAAAGCGAAGCUGGAGGAGUUGAUGGGAAAGCCGGAGUAUGAAAAUAACAAUCUGGCUAAGCUGAAAUCCAUCAUCCUGAAGGAAUUCAGCACCAGAGAGGUGGCGAGAGGCAUCAUAUUCACCAAGACCCGCCUCAGUGCACAAGCUCUGUGCCAGUGGAUUCAAGAAAACCCCAAGUUUGAUGAAGUGGGAGUCAGUGCCAGCUAUCUGAUCGGUGGUGGAGAUCAGAGUGUGGUGAAGCCGAUGACCGCUGCAGAGCAGAAGGAUGUGUUGCAAAAGUUUCGUAAAGGCGAGAUCAAUCUGCUGAUAGCCACCACUGUGGCUGAAGAGGGCCUGGACAUCGCCGAGUGUAACGUCGUCAUACGCUAUUGCCUUGUGACCAAUGAGGUCGCCAUGAUUCAGGCCCGCGGUCGAGGAAGAGCGGAGGACAGCAGUUACACACUCGUGGCGGAGGCAGGGUCUGGGGUAGAAGAGAGAGAGAGCGUUAACGAAUACAGGGAGAAAAUGAUGAGCAAAGCCAUCGCCAAAAUCUGCAAGAUGAAUCGAGCCGACUACGAGAAGAAAAUCAGAGAGUUUCAGAUCCAGGCCAUAAUGGAGGAGAAGGUCAAGAUAAAGAAGAAACAGCAGAAGGGAAUGAUGAAGGAUCCGCCAUCUAAAAUCAGCCUGAGCUGCAGGGACUGCAGUGUGUUCGUGUGCUCGGGGGAACACCUGGAGAUGAUCGAGAACAUGCACCAUGUCAAUGUCACUGAGCAGUUUAGAAAGCUGUUUAUAGUCCGAGAGAACGCAUCACUGCAGGAGCGGCUCUUGGACUACGAGACCAACGGAGUCAUUGCGUGCAAAAACUGCGGACAGCAAUGGGGCUCGAUGAUGCUGUAUAAAAGUAUUGAGUGUCCCUGCCUCCAUAUCAAGAACUUUGUGGUCACGUACGACUCCAAGAAGAAGAUCUACAACAAAUGGGGCGACCUGCCCAUAAGAUUCCCUGCGUUUGACUACACACAACACGCCGAUAUGCUUGUCGAGGACUCAGAGGAAGAAGACACGGACGGCGACUGAAAAUUAACAUAUUCAAACUCAUCUCUGACACAGCCAAUCAAAUGUCAUAACCUCUAAAAUGAUGCAUCGUCUACCAAGUCUGUUGUAUUGCAAGCACUGGCACUUCUCAACAUGUGGGUCAAUGGGAUUUGUGAUUUCCUGAAUUUAUCUAAUCUCAAGUGGCACUUUCAAAUUCUCGUCCUAAUGUAUGAUUGUAUUUUUUAUUUCUUCAUUUAAAUAUGUCUUUGCGAAGAGGAAUCAGGGGAAGGUAUUGUACAGGUUGCAUUCACUAAAACUGCACUGAAUGAAGACAUUUUGAUUGAUUUUACUCUCAGGCUUUUGAACUAGAACAUUUAAUGCAUGUAAAACCACAGUGAAGCUUUGCAAAUGCAGUCUGUCAUAAGUACUGAUUUUAUCCCAAGUGUUUUCAUACAGAUUUACUCUAGAGGAUAUCAUGAAAUGUGCUUUAAAUACUUUACAUUAAAAUUACCCUUAACGCGU